GAUCUGCAGUCAGUUCUCUCAUUAAUUGACAUCAUUAAUGCCUCCCAUACAGGAAAGCAGAGUGUAUAACUACGAAGAUAGGUCCGUUUUGUAUGAAUCCACAGCCUACAAACUCCUUUUCUCCUCGUCUUCUCAUACUGCUUUUAUGAUCACAAGAGAGACCGACAAUGGCAGCAGAUAUAAGCUCCUUGGCAAGGAUGUUGCGAGGAUGUGAGGAAGGGGAAGGGAAGAGGGAGCUUGUUACCAAAGACUUGCUUGGUGAAGGAGCUGUGCACGGAUCCACCGAGGUUGACCUAGAGCUCAUAGUUCCAGCGGGAUGGGAGAGGCGGCUUGAUCUAGAGUCGGGAAGGACGUACCUCCAGAAGCGCGAAGCCCAUCCAUCGCCCCGUCGUCGCCGCCACUAUCUCAACCUCGCGCUUCCUCCGCCGUCCAUGGACGCGUUCUCCUUGGAUCUGGACGUCCCAGCGCCGCACUCCUGGUACCAGAGCGUCUGCACGCUCGACAAGGUGCGGUCCGCCCUCGAGCGCGCCGGGCGCGAGGACCCGCACCCCGACGGCUCCCCCUCCCCGCUCUCCUCGUCGUGGGCCAGCGAAACCUCCUCGGCAAAGCAGAUGGCAGCGGGAGAUUGGGAUCCGGAGCCACCGCCCGCGGCCACGAUGGUCGUCGGCGGAUGCCCGGUUUGCUUCCUCUACGUACUCGUCUCGGCGGCAGCGCCGCGGUGCCCCAGGUGUGGCGCGCACGUGCCGGCCCACAGCGAGCCGAAGAAGAGACACAAGUUUGACCUCAACUCGCCGAAUCAAGAACACCAAUUAAUGGAUUAA